CUAUAAGAAUCUGAGACGCGCAAUGGCUUUGGUGCCAACCACAUAUCGUGAUCUCUCCCGGGAAUUGGACCGACCGCGUCCCAUCUAUCAUCAGCCGCCCUACGACUUCCAGCUGUACCCGUAUCUCUGGGACGAUCCGCGCGUCUGGUGGCCCUCCUCCGCCAGCAGCGACUAUCUGCGGCCCUUGGAUGAGCUGGUCACGCGCCGAGUACGCAACCAGCUCAUACAAUCGACGCCCCACGAGUGGACAUAUCCCAUGCGCUGGGACAACUACUAUUCCGGCGAGCGGGUGCAUGCGGAUGAGAAGGGCUUCCGCAUCGACAUCGAUGUGCGUCAGUUCCGGCCGCAGGAGAUUGUGGUCAAGACCAACGACGACUACAUCAUUGUCCAGGGCAAUCACAACAAGCGCAGCGAGGGCCCCAACGGCUACGUGGAGCGGCACUUUGUGCGCAAGUACCUCCUGCCCCGCGGCUACAAUGCCAACGAGGUCAUCUCGGACAUCUCCUCGGACGGCAUACUGACCAUCAAGGCGCCGCCGCCGCCGCCAGCCAAAUACUACAGUCCCGGCGAGCGCCUCGUCCACGUGCACGAGACGGGCAAACUGGCCCUGCCCUGGAAGUAGCAGCUGCUCCGAAUCCCGCCCAGCCCCCCCGGCCUCGUGCAGCGGGCACAUUUUCAAAUUCAAGGUGAACCCAUCUAUUUAUGGCCAACGAGCUGCAUCGAGAAUUUCAAUUAGUUUUGAAUAAAUAGAAAUAAACUCAAAUGCGCAAUAAAUAUACAAAAACCCAAAUC